GCUCCCAGGCUCUUCCUCCUCCCCGGGGAAGCCGGGAGCUCGCCAGAGUGUACGGAGACGCGGUAGGCUGGGCGACCCUCUCCAGGCGCGGGGCGGAGAAAGCCCACCCGCCUCCGGAGCCCCACAGACUUGUCUGCGACCCGCACAGCGAUGGAGCCUUCCUGGCUGGAGAUGCGCUGGGCGCGGCCCUUGUACCUGGCCUUCGUGUUCUGCCUGGCCCUGGGGCUGCUGCAGGCCAUCAAGCUCUACCUGCGGAGGCAGCGGCUGCUGCGAGACCUGUGCCCUUUCCCCGCGCCCCCCACCCACUGGUUCUACGGGCACCAGAAGCUACUUCAGGAUGGUGAAAUGGAGAAACUUGAGGAGCUUGUUGGAAAAUACCCUUGUGCCUUUCCUUGCUGGGUUGGGCCCUUUCAGGUAUUCUUCUAUAUCUAUGACCCAGACUACGCGAAGGCAUUUCUGAGCAGAACAGAUCCCAAGUCCAAGUACCUGUACAAGUUCUUGAUUCCGUGUCUUGGAAAAGGACUAGUGAGUCUAGAAGGACCCAAAUGGUUCCAGCACCGUCACCUACUAACUCCUGGGUUCAAUUUUAACAUCUUGAAAUCAUAUGUUGAGGUGAUGGCCCAUUCAGUGAACACAAUGCUGGGUAAGUGGGAGAAGAUCUGUGGCCCCCAGGACACAAUUGUGGAGGUCUUUGAGCACAUCACCUUGAUGACCCUGGACAUACUUAUGAAGUGUGUUUUGAGCCAGGAAACCAACUGCCAGACAAGCAGCACCCAUGAUCUUUAUGUUAAAGCGACAUUUGAAGCCAGCAAAAUCAUCUUUCACCGCUUAUACAAUUUCUUACAUCACCUUGACAUAAUUUUCAAAUUCAGCCCUCAGGGCCACCGCUUACAGGAGAUGGUCAAAAUUCUACAUCAGUACACAGAAAAGAUAAUCCAGGAUAGAAAAAAAUUGCUCAAGAAUGAGAAGAAGUAUGGUAACACUCAGAAGCGGAAGUACCAGGAUUUUCUGGAUAUUAUCCUUUCUGCCCAGGCUGAAAAUGACAACAACUUCUCAGAUACUGACCUACAGUCUGAGGUGAACACAUUCAUGUUGGCAGGGCAAGACACCAUGGCAGGGGGCAUUUCCUGGCUCCUCUACCACCUGGCUCUGAACCCUGAGCACCAGGAGAGAUGUCGGGAGGAAAUCAGGGGCAUCCUGGGGGAUGGGUCUUCUAUCACCUGGGACCAGCUGGGUGAGAUGUCAUACACUACAAUGUGCAUCAAGGAGUCACUCCGACUGGCCCCUCCAGUCCCAUUCAUUUCCAGAGAGCUCAGCAAGCCCAUUACCUUCCCAGAUGGACGCUCCUUGCCUGCAGGAAUAACCGUGGUUCUCAGUAUUUGGGGCCUUCAUCAUAACCCUGCCAUCUGGGAAAACCCAAAGGUCUUUGACCCCUCACGAUUCUCUCAGGAAAAUUCUGAUCAGAGACACCCCCACUCCUUCUUACCAUUCUCAGCUGGACCAAGGAACUGUAUCGGGCAGCAGUUUGCCAUGACUGAGUUAAAGGUGGCCAUUGCCUUGAUCCUGCUCCGCUUCAAGGUGUCUCCAGAUCCAACCAGACCUCUUGUCUUCUUGCCCCAGAUUGUCCUCAAACCCAAGAAUGGGGUCUACUUGCACCUGAAGAAACUCCCCUAAUGUUACAGCCCAGGGUACAACGAUUAUAUAUAUAUAUGUAUAUAUAUGUGUGUGUGUGUGUGUGUGUGUGUGUGUAUAAUUUUAAAGUUGAAUUACAGGGCCACCUGGGUGCUCAGUUGAGCGUCCAACUCUUGAUUUUGUCUCAGGGCUUGAUCUCACCAUUCACGAGUUUGAGUCCCGGGUCAGGCUCCACUUCCAUGCUAACAGUGUGGAGCUUCUCCCUCUCUCUCUCUUUCUCUCUGCCUCUCUCUCUCUCUGUCUCUCUCAAAAUAAAUAAACAUUAAAAAAAUAAAGUUAAAUUACAGCUAAUGGGCAAAAAAAAUGGUAAAGAAUCAAGGUACAGUGGGAGGGUUAGGGGUAGGUGUGAUGGGGGUCUCUGUGUAACUGCACAUUAUCCAAAGGUGCACAGGUGAUACCCUGUGUCACUUAGAUCUGUUUCGGUAUGAUUUGGGGAGAUUUUCCAAUCAUUACUGUUUGAUUCUGUCUUCUAUUAAAGCUGUAUACCAAGAAUUUUGCUAGGUGACUUCCAUAUGUUUUCUGCUUUUUAGAAAUAGUUUUUGGAAUUUCACAAGUAAUAAGUGAAUAAAUGCUCACAGUAAAAGAUUUCCAACACUAGAAAAGCAUGUAAAGUAAAAAGUAAAAAUCCCACUUCACAUACACUACACGUCUCUGCCCUGACCCACGCCCUGACACAUCUCCUAUGCAUUUUCCUAAAAACAGAAUAGUUUGGUGUGCGUUCUUUCAGAGUUUUUCCUAUACAUUUCAUAUAUGUAUGUAUACAUUUCAUACAUAUGUAAGUAUGCAUUCUUAUAGAUGGAAUCAUAUCCAUAUUAUUCUUGUUUUUUUCAUUUAAUAAAAAAUACAUCUUAUUCCUAAUCAAUGGAUUAAUAAUAUUUUAUAACAUGGAUAUACUAUAACUUAUUGAACUAUUUUCUUAUUAUUGGAUAUUUACACUAUUUAUAGUUUUAAAAACAUGCUUAUUGGCCAUUUGUGAUUAUCUUUGUUUUUUGUCUGUGAUUCAUACAUUACAUCUAUGUUUAUUUUCCAAUGGAGUUGUUUGUCUUUUUCUUACUGAUUUGUAUGAGUUCUUUAAUAUUGUGGAUAAUAGCCCUUGAUUGUAACUUUUCUUUAUAAUUUUCCCCAUUCUUACAUUUUUAUAACAAUACAUUUAUGGUGUCUUAUCAUACAGAAAUUCAAAAUUUUCAUGAAUUAAGAUAAAUAAACUUUUCUUUUUGGUUUCUGGGA